GUAUUUAUAUUUAGAUUUAGAUUUAGAUUUAGAUUUAGAUUUAGAUUUAGAUUUAGAUUUAUCCUUAUUUGAAGUAGUCAAGCUGUACUUGGAGCAGAAAGCAUGAUGAAAAACGGUAUCUAUUGAACUUGUGUAAAAAGAUAUUAAUUAGUUUGUUAAACGAGAAAUUGUAUAAUGUGCAAAAUAUUUGAAAUAUGCAGAAACAGCCUGUAAAUCGCACUGAUGAUGUUGGGCGAAGCAAAGAGUGUUCUUUCGAAGGCCUUCGGAGCGUGGCUCGGAGCAAAAGAAGGAGGAGGAGUUUCAAGAAAUCGGACGAUUGCUUUAUUAAGACGUCAGAAGGUACAGGAUAGGCCGGGCCUGCGGUCGUUAUUGCCUCGACCGGGUUCUCGCUUGGGACAAUUGCUUCGAGAAGAUCAAAAAGACCAUCGAGAGAAACUAACAGCAAGAAGGAAAGGAAGAAAAAAGACCGAGAGAGAGAGAGAGAGAGAGAGAGAGGCAAACAGAGGGAGAAAACGAGAGAGUCGGAUAGGGAACAAAAACCGUCAUGCCGAACCGUGUGCUGCUCUCAAAGUUAAAAUACUGUUCCGAGUUUGUUCUUUCUAGACAUUGUAAUGUAUUCCACCGCAGUUACAUAUCCACACUAAUCAUGAAUAUAGCGUGUGUUUAGUAAGUCUCGAUCUGAUACUUGUUAUGCUUGUUCAGUCGACAAGUUGUUCCUACGUCAUAAAUAGACUACGAUCUAUUAUAUCGAUUUACAUUUUGAUCAACAUAACCAACGAAACUGAACUUACAUAGAGAUCUAUUUUAUACAUUAAAUAUUGUAAAAAAAAUAUAGUUCACUUUGGGUAUUUUUUAUAUUUUUUAGGAUAAUGGAGUCCUAAAAAACAAAAGUUUGAAAGAAGAAAGUCUGAACGUAAUAAUUUCUUAAACAUUUUCUUUUAACGAACAUCUCAUAUAUCCUUAUGUUAAGUUUGCGAGAAAGAAAGUAAAAUGAUGAUUUUUCAAGUUUCACGCCAAAUUUUAUCAAAUUUUGUAAAUUUUUUAGGUACUUGUGCCCCGAAUGGCUGCCGUUCAUUAUAUAGCAUAUGUUAAAGUGCCUAGAAUGUCAAUUAGAUUCUUGCAAUACUCGUUCAAUGUUGUUACCAAUGCAUUUACAUAGGACGAAAUAACUAACAUUCGCUUGUUCAGAUAAAUUUAUAUCAUCCUGUUACGUGAGCUAUCGUUCUCAUAUCUCCGUUUUAUUAUAUCAGACGAUCUAUUUCCUCCAUUCUAGCAUAAAUCGUCCGUGCCGCAUCAGAAUUUCCUGAUCUAUAUCUUCCAUCGUAUGCCCUGAAUCACAGGAAGUUGAUUUCGAUGAUCAGACUGAAAUUUCAAUCCUCGUAAUUCACGUCGGAGCACGUUGUUAUGAAUUUCUUCUGAUUCGCAUGUAUCGAGUGCCAUAAAAAAGAUAACGAGCAAACAAAUUGAUGAACAGAUUGAGAACCGAGUAGGAUUUUUUACCCCGUUCAGCAAAACUUACGGAGGCAUUAACAGAGAACAUCGAUCCCGAGUAAACGAAAACGGAAUCGUUUAAUUAUGAUAUCCUAAGUAAACUGAGACACGCGCGCUUCUUGCCGACUCGUUAAUCCAAGAACAAAUAUCAUCUCGUUUAAUCUACUCGUCCACUUAGCACUUUACAUUUUAAUUGAAAAUAUAAUACAUGAAACAGUCCCUCGUACAGAGAAACCUAUGAAAUAUGUGCGUGAAUAACAAUUUGUUUAUUCUUAUCCAGUAAUAAAAUCAAGCGAAGAAAUAAGAGCAAGAAAUACAAUUUUCAUAAUUUCAUUAAUAAUUUAAUAACGCGUAAUAGGCAGAACGUCGUCGUGUCGUGUUUAACGAUUUCGUUUCCUCCUGGGCUCCUUCCCUCUCUGCAGAAUCGAUUGACCGGUACAAUUUGUACUCAAACGGUUAAUCUCCUUCGCUGUCCACAGCUCUUCGUUUAAAGGAGUGAAAUUGAGUUGAGAGUCACAGCAGCCCGGUGAACGCUCGUGGUAAGGAAUAGAAGUAGUAAGGGGCCUGAAAGGGAGCCCGAUGGAAGGUCGGCACUGGAAGAAGAAACGUAAGAAAGAACGGAACGCAUCUAAAUGCCGGACUGUUCAACGUCGUUCUGUGAAGGGUACCGGCGAGGACGGGGGUGAAGAGAGCAGUGUUGGAACCAGGCUGGUGUCUCAAUCAGCCAAGCAGGUUGGGGCAUCUUGGACCCCUGUGGGUGGAGGAUAGAGCUAGCAAUGGCUGUGAACUAUCCUCGAAAUGAAAACAAAACUCCUGAAAUUAUAAACUCUCAUCAAAUAUCAAAAUUAUAUUUGAUAAAUAGCAUACAGUCAUUAUGAAGGUAUAGUAAACUAUCGGAUAUAUAAUAAUAUUUUUCCUUCUAUUUCAUAGUCAUAUUCAAAGUCAUAACUUUUCGUAAUUUCGUAGAAUUUCUUAGAAUUUUCUAAUUUAGAAACCUGUAGACUUUUUGUUAUUUUACUAAACAGUCUAAAAAAUUUCAUCUCUUAUUUCAGCAUGAACCGCAUAGUUUACAAAUUUGUGGUAAGAAAUUCCUUGACAUGAAAUUUAUUUAUGAUAAUGUUCAAACUUUUAGUUUUAAUCAGGGCUUAAAUCUAUCAGUAAUCAUUUCGGUCCCGGGCCAGUGACCAAUGGUGGGGGGGAAAAGAGCGACGCGCGCAGCUUCUCGGCGCAGCGGGGCAGGCCGUCACAACUCAAUCUAGUGUCUCGGUGACCGUGCGUUCGUAAGUUUCUAUUUUCUUCUCUUUCCGCGUAGUGCGUUAUAAUUCUUGACACGGAAUCGCAGUUUUCAGUGGCGGAUUAGAUUGUAUCUGGGAUCCUAUAUUUUCAUCUCUCUAGGCUACCAAAACAAUGUGAUUGUUUGUAAGAAAGAUGUCACGUUGGUUCGAUCAACCGAGCAUACUCCUGAUGAGUGUGAUAUUGUUUAAUACAGUAAUGUGGAAUACAGCGGAAAGUUCGAUAAUGAAGUGUGAGGAAGCAAAAUUAAAAUGCGCCUUCAGAACAGGCUGUGGCGCAGCUCUGCAACACUAUCUCACGGGUUGUGCACCCGUUCUCCAAGGGAAUGAUUGUUCCGAAACCUGUCAACAUGCCCUUAUUGCUCUUACAAGCACCGAUGAGGGCAAAGAACUUAUGACAUGUGAAUGUGAGGAUGAAUUAUGUUCUGAGUCGAAACAAAGAGUAGAAAUAUGUAGAUCGUCUGUAACAAUGGCAAUGAAUAGGACAAGGGUGUCCUGCAGAAUAGCAACUUGGAUUUGUAAUGCGGACGCUCUUUGCCAAACUGCGCUUACAUAUUACAAUAAAUAUUGCAAGAGUAUGUUUCAAGGACGAAAAUGUACUAGACGAUGUAGAAAUUCGAUAAAUAUCUUAACAAGACAAGAAAAGGCUGCAAAAUUGAGUACAUGUCAGUGUGAUGGUUUUGAAGAAUACGAUUGUAAAGGAAUUCAUAGAAAUAUGAAUCUUUUAUGUUUUGGAAAAAUACAUCAUGGUUACCGUGAUGUUAAUGUCGAGGAUGAUAGGGAAAGUGAAUUUCUAACACCAAACAUGAGUCUUAGAGGAAACGGUGUUCAAAUAUUAAUGGACAGAGAAUUAUUUUUACUUUCUUUAUUGAUUUAUCACAUACUUAAAGCGAGACAAGACUGAUGAUUAGAAAGAAUCCAGAAAGAUCUCCAAAAAGCAACAGUAUUCCAUGAAACCAAUGACCAAAGAUCUCUAUCAACAUUUUUAAUCAAUAUUUGAACAAUUUAAUACUGGAUUACGAGAUAUUUUCAUGGGUUUAUUAUCAAAUUUGCACAAACGGAAAAAACGGAGAGGAAGAAGCCUUGUACAGUAAAAAUAUUGUAUAGUGAUUGUAUUAUAGUAUCUAUAAUUGAAUAAUUCGUUGCAAGUAUUUAGUUAUAAAUCAGUUUUAUUUAUGAAGAUAUAAUUAUGUAAAUAUCUACAUACCGAAAUACGAACAUUGUUCUUCCCUCUCUCUUUUUUUAUCACAUUUAUAUUCUCGAAAAUUCUUCUCUUGUAGAAAAAUAUUUUCUUAAAAGGAUCUCCAACGCAAAUACAUUACAUUUAUUUUGGAAAAAACAUAAUUAUUAACAUUUAUUCUAUUAAGAAAAUAUUAUGAAGAUAAUAGAACAAUUCUGUCGUAAAUUGUUUUUCAAAAAAGGACUGAAAUGAAAUUAAUGUAAAGAGAAUAAUGUUCUUUAGGAACAAAAAGUUAUCGGGAUACGUACGGUAUAUUGUUAUAUUUAUGCGAGUUUUGAGCGUGUGUAAAUGUUUUUAUACUAUUUUUAGAUAUUUGUUUUUAUAUCUAAUUAUGAUUAACUCAGACUUUUAAUAAUGAUGAUUUGUUAAAACAUUGUUAAUAAAAGCAUAAUUGAAGUUCAAA